AUGUCUCGCUCGCCUGCACAUGUCGCCAUGGCAGAGGCCAGCCUCAAGAGGACAGCCUCUGAGCUAGAUGAUCCCGCGUCUGGAUCUGAAGAUGCUGAAUCGUCGCCGGCACUGUCUUCACACCCCACUAAGCGCAGAUAUAUAGACCAGUCCUCCGCCGAAGCCCAGCCGGCAGUUGAUGCGGGCUCCCACACAACUACCGCCUCAUCGCCAAUCACAACGGCCAAUGGCCUUUCCAAUCAUCAGCAGCGACAAUUCCACGAUGGAGAUCCUUCGACGACACAUGCGCCGCCGUUGUCGGGACCUUCGACAAAUCACGUCAAGUCUCCCGGCCGUGUUCAAGUUCCAGAAGCGCUCGACGAAGAUCGACUCCGAAGAAUGGAAUCCGGAGAUCUCGUACAGACCAUCCUGGAACUACAGUCAACAUACCAACAUAACAUGAGCAUUGUCUCGGCGCAGUAUGAGGAUGUUUCCAGGCAGUUGGUAGAGAUACGGACGUGUUUGUCGACCUUGCUGAAGGGGUCAACAGCAAGUCUGGAGGCUGCUUCACGAUGUCUCAAUGCCACGCCUACUACGUCUACCACUGACACAAUUCCCAAGCUGGUACCGGUCACACCCUUACCAGUCAUACCGGCGCACACUGGUCGAGACAUAGACAAGUCUGCGAUUCAGCACGCAACGCUUGUUCCACCCGCAACAGAACCCACAGCCAGGCGUUCACCUCCUUUCACCGAGGCGACACCUCUAGCGACGUCUCUCUCCGCCUCGGCGCGGCCGACCCCUUCCCCAUCCGUCGAUGCGAGCUUUCAGCGCAUCAACACACCGGCUCGCGUACCGCUGAAGCUCAUCUUCCCGCCGGACGGUUCCGUGCCCACGGUUGUGACCUACAGUACCCUCCAUACAGUCGGGGAGGUCUGGGCCGAGUUCAAGCAUGGCCUGGAUGGCACGCCUCCCAUAGAGGUCAUUGAGCAACAAUGGGGCUCAAGGUGGCGUCCUGAUCCUAAAGGCCGGACGUGGUUCAGCAGACGUAAGAUUGUCUGGGACAAGGUCCGCGAGCUGAUCCACGACGGCCUGACCGAAGAGGACGCCGUGAAUGAGGUUGACGCCAUGCGCAACGGCAGGAGCGUGCACUGGCUGAUCAACCUCUUGACUAACGAUCGCAAGGAGAUCAAGGCAAGUUGGAAGGCGGCCGCUGCUGCUGCGAAAGCGGCCAAAGGGAGGAAGUAG